UGGAUUAAUGGAAACCUGCCUAUAGACUUCUUCAAUUCGACUUUACCCCAACCCUGCACUACAGUACCCAUACUGUGCUUUCCUCUCCACUCUCUCAGACUGUGACACAACUCCAGAGUUGGAUGAGAUUUUGGGGAAAGGUGAGGGAAUGAAAAGCGUUGGCCAACAACUUUUAUUGCUGCAAGACCAGCUGAAACAAGUGAGAGAGGAGAAUAGGAAGGUCGUAGAGAACUACACUUCAGAGAGGACCAUGAGAAAGAAGUACUACAACAUGGUGGAGGACAUGAAAGGUAAAAUUCGGGUGUUCUGUCGGAUACGGCCCAUGAGCCGCGCCGAGGCAGCUCAGGGAGGUGCCAUCGCCGUGGGGCGUCUGGACGAUUACUCUGUUACCGUGGAAACCUCAAGGGGGCCGAGAGAGUUCCAGUUCGACCGGGUAUUCAGUGGCGAGAGCUCCCAGGAAGAUGUGUUCCAAGACACCAACAGGCUGAUCCAGUCAGCCAUCGACGGCUUCAACGUGUGUAUCUUUGCGUAUGGUCAGACAGGCUCCGGAAAGACCUUCACCAUGGUGGGUGACAGAGACCAGAGAAGCCCAGGCAUCAUGCCUAGAGCGUUCAAUGCCGUAUUUGACAUCCUCCAGGAGAAUGCCACCAAGUUUGACUUCAAGGUCUCGGUCUAUAUGUUGGAACUGUAUAAUGACCGGCUCCAGGACCUCUUUGUGAGCGGGGCCGAGGCCCAGAGCAGGCGGGUGGAGAUUAAAAGGAACAGAAAGGGGCUUGUGUUUGCCCAGGGAGCAGAGACAAAGGAAGCUUCCAGCGCCGGGGAGCUCUUCGCCAUGUUUCAGCAGGCUUGCGCCAACCGCCAUAACGCAGCCACCAAGAUGAACGUGGAGAGCUCUCGUUCCCACCUGAUCAUUGGGAUCAUGGUGGAGAGCAGGAAUCUGACCAAUGGGAGUGUGAGCUUUGGGAAGUUGAGUCUGGUGGAUCUGGCAGGGAGCGAGAGAGCAGCCAAGACUGGGGCAAAAGACGACCAGCUCAAGGAGGCUAACUCCAUUAACAAGUCUCUGAGUGCUCUGGGAGAUGUGAUCUCUGCCCUGUCCUCGGACCUGCCACAUAUCCCCUACAGGAACAGCAAGCUCACCCAGAUCAUGCAGGACUCGCUGGGCGGCAACGCCAAGACGCUCAUGGUCGUCAACGUCUCGCCUUCCGAAUGCAACCUGGAUGAGACGCUCACCUCCCUUAUUUAUGCCACUCGAGUGAAGACCAUAACCAACAUUGCACAAAGAAACCUGGAGAGUAAAGAGAUAGCCCAGCUCAAAGAGGUGAUCAUGAAGUUGAGGUCAGGACAGCCAGUGGAGGAUGAGGAGGUCUAAUUCCAGGCUGUGGGAAUUGGAUCUACAGUGCCUUGAGAAAGUAUUCAUACCCCAUGACUUAUUCCA